UGAAAGGCCCAAAAGAAAAUGAGAUUGUGAGCCCAAUCAUCUUAAUAAGAUAUCCAGCCCAGCCCAAAAUGAAAACCUCGAAAAAUCCUGCCGUUCAACUGUGUCAGAUUCCCGCGCUUUCAGUCGCAAAACCAGAAGAACAUGGACGACGACGGCAGCGAUGAACCCUGGGAGCAACUAGACGUCGACGAUUCGGACCUCAUCUCUCUCAGUCUCCGCCCUUGCAAGCGCUCCGCCUCCCAUUCCCUCAAAUCAAUUAAUCCUCCGCCUCCGCCCAACCCCUCCUCGUCCUCUUCCGCCUCUCCGCCUCUCAUUCCGGGCCCCGCCGGAGCCGUACAGGCCGCGAUGCAGCGCAGGACCCAAAUUCACCGCCACGGAGACGACCAGAACGUCGAGCCCAUUCCGACCCAAGAGUUCGUUAGGAGAGUCGUCGAGAAUGGUGAUGCUAAAGACACCGAUUUCGCCGCCGAUCCAUGGCUUUCCGCUCUCGAUUAUGUUGCAAAGCAAGGCGCCGACUAUCCGACGCCGCUGGGUUCCAUCAGGAUGGGGGUUAACACUCACAGAGUAGCUCAGGUUGUUGCUGUGAUCAAAUCUUGCACCCCAAAUGGUCUUGGUGACUUCUCUAUGUUAUCUCUUUAA